AAUUAACUUCAAAUAAGAUUGUUAUAUGAAAAACAAAGAAAGGAAAAUAAAAAAGAAAAAAAUGCCAAUAAAAGAAAAAUUGAAUAGUUAGGAUGACGACAAAAUGCCAGUCAAAAGAUUAUGUGGAUUAUUUAUGUCUGACCCAAAUCCUAGUUGUUGGGUUUUGAUUGGCCAUAACGGACCUGAAACGUGUCACAACCGGCUACGGUGGAGCCGUCUAUCUCCACCUCUGUUUAACGUGAUAAUACGGUGCCUUAGUUAAAACUAUUUUUCCACAAGCGUUUUCAGUUGACUCUUAAGUCUUGAACAUUACAUCUGCAAAAACCCCAACCAACAUUCUCUUCUCUUCUUCUUUUUCUUUAAAUUGGCUUCUAAAACCUCAAUACUAAAAAAAUUAAAUCACAACCCAUGUGCUAUUUUCACCGUUAGAUUGAUACCCAGUUGAAAAGAAACGAUUUUGAUUAAUGGGUGUUUUAGCAAAUUUAAGAGGGUCAAGAACUCAAGAAGCAUUACCUUUAUCAGAUGGGUCAUCAUCUUCUUCAUCAUCUCCUAAUUCUUCACUUUUAGUUCCUAACAAGAAGAAAUGGUCAAACUUUUUGCCAAUUUUUAUUAUUCUUGUGGUUGUAGCCGAGAUUUGCUUUUUGGGUCGUCUUGAUAUGGCUAAUAGUGCAGCUUUAGUUGAUUGGGCUGAUAGUUUAUUUUAUAAUUCACGUCCUGAUGGAAAUUUGGGUUUAGGUAGUGAGGAUUGGCAGGAAGUGACUGGUAAUGUUGUUGUGAAGAAUGAUAAGAAUUUGGAAUUAGAUAGCUGUGAGGAGUGGUUAGAGAAAGAGGACUCAAUUGUAUACUCGAGGGAUUUUGAUAAAGAUCCUGUCUUGGUUAUUGGUGCUGAGAAGGAGUGGAAGACUUGUCCUGUGGGAUGCCAGUUUGGAUUUGACCCCAGUAAAAAACCUGAUGCUGCAUUUGGUGCAGCAAACCAAGGUGGAACAGCUAGUGUGCUCCGAUCAAUGGAAUCAUCUCAUUACUAUGCUGAGAACAAUAUAGCUCAGGCACGACGGAGGGGCUAUAAUAUUGUAAUGACAACUAGUCUAUCAUCAGAUGUUCCAGUUGGAUACUUUUCAUGGGCCGAGUAUGAAAUCAUGGCACCGAUGCAACCAAAGAAUGAGAAAGCGCUUGCAGCUGCUUUCAUUUCAAACUGUGGUGCACGCAACUUUCGCCUGCAAGCUCUUGAGGCACUUGAAAAGGCAAAUAUCUCAAUAGAUUCUUAUGGUGGUUGCCAUCGGAAUCGUGAUGGAAGAGUGGACAAAGUAGAGACUCUGAAACGCUAUAAAUUUAGCUUGGCUUUUGAGAACUCAAAUGAAGAGGAUUACGUCACUGAAAAGUUCUUCCAAUCUCUUGUUGCUGGAACCAUCCCUGUGGUUGUUGGUGCUCCAAAUAUACAAGAUUAUGCUCCUGCACCUGGUUCAGUUUUACAUAUUAAGGAGCUAGAAGAUGCUGGAGCGGUUGCAGAAUCUAUGAAAUACCUUGCAGAAAAUAUUGAUGCAUACAAUCUCUCAUUAAGGUGGAAGUAUGAGGGUCCAUCCGAUUCUUUCAAGGCCCUAAUUGAUAUGGCAGCUGUACACUCGUCAUGCCGUCUUUGUAUUCACUUGGCAACAAUGAUUAGGGAGAAGGAGGAGCAUAGCUCAGGGUUUAAGAAACGUCCCUGCAAGUGCACUAAAGGCUCAGAGACUCUGUAUCAUUUAUAUGUAAGAGAACGUGGAAGGUUUAAGAUGGAGUCCAUUUUCUUAAGGUCUGGAAGUUUGACCCUGAAUUCCCUGGAGACUGAAGUGCUCAAGAAGUUCAAAUCUAUGAAACACGUACCAAUUUGGAAGCAGGAAAGACCUGAAAGCCUCCGAGGAGGAGAUGAUUAUAAAGUCUACAGAAUAUACCCUGUAGGCAUGACGCAGAGACAAGCUCUGUAUACAUUCAGAUUUAAGGGUGAUGCUGACUUCCAGAAUCACUUGGAAAUCAACCCAUGUGCGAAAUUUGAAGUGAUAUUUGUCUAGAGCCAUAUCUGCAUUCUGGCAUCAGCAAUAGUCAGCAUCAUCUGCUGUAAUAUUUAGCAGAGAGGUCAAGGUGUUUUGUCGGGAUUAUCGCAUUGGUGUUUCACAGUAUGUGUGCUUCUUGUAUCCAAUGUUUUACAUGAGCAAUGAAUGAAUGUGAUAGAUUGUAGGGAGGAAAUUGACCUGGAGUAUCUGUGAUUUAGUGGGGGCAGUUCAUUCAUUUAGGUUAGCUGACCCCCAUGUUCCCAACCUCAUUGUGCAUGAUAAAUCAUUUGAGAGAAUCUAGUCCUCUUUUGGCUAAGGAGAGUUCUUGAUCUUGAUCUGUAUUCUUGACAAAGAUAAAGAUUAAUCUUGCUAGAUAGCUCUUUCUUUAUCCAAAUAUAAAACUCAUUUUGUAUUAGGGACUUUCUUUUCACAGGCUGUUGAUUAUUAUUUUAAUACAAGAACUAAAUCUUUGGCAUUUCA